AUCCAUCGCCAAAUUCUGUCACACACACACUACUCUCCCUCCCUCUGCGCGACCAAAGACCAUCUGCUUCUGCAUAUUCGCAGCAUCGUUCUUGAUCAGGAAGAAGCUCGCACCCAUCCAUCCAUGCCGCUAGAAGAACCCUGACCUCCCCCCUUCUCGGCCAGACCAUGUCACUCUCCCUCCCACCGCCUCAGCGGCGGAGCGCCGCCGUCUCCCGCUUCUCCCACCGCUCCGCCAAGGCCUCCCCUCCUCUCAGACCCUCCAGCCUCUUCCCGCCGCUCGCCUCCCAGCACCACUCCACCCCCUCGACCCCGGAGCUCCGCAUCGUCCUGCGCAAGAAUCCGCCCGAUUCGCCCAAUUCGCUUCGCGCCUCGGCUUCCUUCAGGAGCUGCCGUUUCCGGGUCGGAGCGUACCCGUCCGGUGGCGCGGUGCACGGGGAGGAGGGCGCGGGCCAUCUCGACUUCGAUUCUUUCCUUUCGGUCGCCGAGCUGCUCUGCCUCGUGUCGGCGGCCGUCGUGUCGGUCGUCUUCGCCGCGAGGAGGGCGGUCUUCGGAGCGGCGGGGGACAGGGUUUUGGGGUGGGUGGUGGUGGCGUUGGUGGGUGGCGUGGCGAGCGGCGCGUGGGUCAGGCGGCGUCAGUGGAGGAGGGUCUUUGAGCAGCCGGGGACAGUGGGCGGUGCGAAUGUGAACUUGGUGGAGAGGAUUGAGAAGCUGGAGGAGGACUUGAGGAGCUCCGCGACUAUGAUUCGGGUCCUCUCGAGACAGCUCGAGAAGCUCGGGAUCAGGUUUCGGGUUACCCGGAAAGCUUUGAAAGAGCCGAUUGCUGAGGCUGCAGUUCUGGCUCAAAAGAAUUCAGAGGCUACUCGUGCAUUGGCAAUGCAAGAAGACAUUCUUGAAAAGGAGCUUGGUGAAAUUCAGAAGGUUUUGCUGGCAAUGCAGGAUCAGCAGCAGAAACAACUCGAGCUGAUUCUUGCAAUUGGGAAGACAGGGAAACUAUGGGAAAGCCGACGGGGACCUAAUCAAGAACACACGAAUGAAUCCACGAGUUUGCCUGAGGAAGGGUCGAAGCAGUUAGAAUCAACCAAACUAAAGCCCCUAUGAUGAGCAAGGGAACUGAAUCGUGAACAUCAGAGGAUUGUGCAAGCAGCCAAUGUAGGAUGUUAUGAUCCUCUUGCGAAUUAGCUAUCAUGGCCACGCUCCACAAUUCAGGUCUAUGAGGAAGGAACCGAAAAGAUCUGGUUCUUUUCAAAUGUGCAUUUCUUGGUAAAUUCCUGCAUCAUCAUUCUUACGAUAAGACAAAUGAUUGGGUUCUUGUUGAAAGUUGCAUGUUUGUGUGAGGUCGUAACUCAUUGUGACUCGAUUAUCAUUGGAUGCGGAUCCGUAGAACCCUGCUAUGGUUGUACAGGAAUAAAGGGUUUAACGAAUCAUUUCCCUUGAGAAGUUUCUUGAAUGUCUCAAUGUCAA